AUGAAGUAUCAAAUUUCAUCCUUUCUAAUUUUGCUCCUCAUCGCCCCUUCUUAUUCUUCGUGUCUAAAGGCUCUCUCCUGUUAAAAUGAAUAAUCAUAUGAAUAUUAACAAUUUGCUGUUCUUCAAAUGAUGAAAUGCUACUAUCAGAUGCACAAUAAAUCGCUUCAUCAAAAUGUGGAAUCCUUGAGUGAUCAUGAUUGGAUGAUAUUCACCAUGUUUUCGAACCAAUUCAGCCUGCUCUGCAACUAUCAUAGCAUCCUCAAUGAUAUCAAUUAGAUCACCAACUCCAUCAAUGGCAUCAAAUAGCAAUAAGAAUAUGAUGAGUAACUUGUCUAACAGUUGACUCAUAACUUUAAAAAGAUGAGUCAAUACAGUAUUAAUUUUACUUCGGCAAUUGAAGUGUUUCAGAACACACUAAAAAAUGAGAAGGUUAGAUUAGAUAAAUACAAUAAUAUUUCUAACCAUUUAUCAUUUAUUUAAAAUCAAACACAACUUAAUCAGACCACUUCAUUCAGUAAUCUCAAUUAUUUAUUGCAAUUAACCAACAGUCUCCAACUGAUAUCUGAUAAUCAAAUGCAGGACUCUAUUAAGUUUUACUUAAUUUCCUCCUUUGCCCUUUACUUAAUUACGAGAAGAAGCCCUUUGAAGGAGAAGCAACAGAUUAUCUUAGCGCAAGUAAGUAUUUUACUUCUUGUUGAAUGCCUCAUAUCUGUGGUGUUGACUCAACUCUUAGUUAAAUAUGUUAGGUUAUUAUUAAGUCUAUAUAGAUUUGGUGCAAUGCUGUUUAUCCAAUAUUCGAUAAUCAAAGCAUUGUUAUAUAGUUCAUAAAGUGAAAAUGAAAUAAGUGUAGUCAUCAAUUAAAUCAAGAACAAAUAUAGAGUGGAAUGA